AUGCUGGACACCACGAAUUGCAAGGCGGUCUCGCCAGAAUGCCCAGUCGCCGCAACCACCUAUGGAUAUACACCCAAUCUAGGUGCCAACGCGUUCUUCGCCGCGGUAUUUGGUCUUUGUUGUAUAUUGAACCUUGUCAUUGGCAUCAAGUCCCGGCAAGUAAUGUUCACGAUUGCUCUUACCGUGGGUAGUCUGUUGGAAUUGAUAGGGUACAUCGGCCGUAUUCAGAUGCACAAUAACCCUUGGGACAUGGGUGGCUUCCAGAUGCAAAUCGUGUGUCUGAUCCUUGCUCCAUCGUUUGUGGCAGCUGGGAUCUAUUGGUCUUUGAAACAUAUCGUUUUGUUUGUCGGCCCUGAGAAAUCGCGUCUACCGCCUCGUCUUUACCCGUGGAUCUUCGUUGGUUGCGACGUUGGCUCCAUUAUUCUCCAAGCUGCUGGUGGCGGUGUUGCGGGGUCUGCAAAGCGAACGAACAAAGCUCUUCUGGAUGCGGGGAAUAAUAUCAUGAUUUCUGGUAUCGCCUUUCAGGUCGCCACCAUGGGUGUUUGUGGAGUACUCGGAAUGGACUUUGUAUUUCGAGUACGGAAAGGCCGGCAAUUCCAGGAGGUUCAAGCUGAAAAACUUGAAGAAAGUGAGGUUCGCAAGUUUUAUUUUUUCUGUGUAGGAGAGAUUAUUGCCUACUUGACAGUCCUUAUCCGUUGCAUUUAUCGUUUGCCUGAAAUGGCUGGCGGUUGGGGGAACCCGCUGAUGCAAAAGGAGACAGAAUUCCUGAUUCUAGACGGAGCGAUGAUUACGAUUGCAGUCGUCAUUCUCACAAUCUUACAUCCUUACUUCACCUGUCCUUUUGUGCGGAAAUGA